AUGUUUAAGCGAUACACUGACAUCAGCAAGGGCUCUAAGUCAGCUUCAUCGUCCACAGGGGGUUGUUUCCUUUUUUUGCUUUUCUUGGGGGGCAGACAAAUGGCAUUCUCUGGUAGAGAUGCAGAUGCCAUUCCUAUAGGAGAAAAGUCUAUGGUAGAUGAUAGAAAUGAUUGUGAGGUGAAGAUAUUAUCUGAGUUGUCCACGUUUAUACUUAAAGGUUUCAGUGUGUCUUCGGAAACCGUCUCUUCGACCUUUUUGUUCUUGUCCAGCUCAACAGGUGAUUCAACUUCUGUGAGUUGUUCAGUACAAUGGUUUAUAGACGGAUGCUCUGGCCUAAAUGUUCGUGAGGUGAAGAUACUGUCCGAGUUGUCCACGCUCAUAGCCAAAGGUAUCAGUGUGUCUUCAGAAACUAUCCCUUUGACCUUUUUGCUCUUGUCCAGCUCAACAGGUGGCACAACUUCUGUGAGUUUUUCAGGCAUACGACUUGUAGACUGCUGCUCUGACCAAAAUGAUUGUGAGAAACCGAAUUACGAAGAUGUUUGGAACGCUUUGUGUUCACUUAGAGAAUUCUUGCUUGCCGAGGACCUGAGAAAACUGUCAAUACCUAAGCUGGCAUGUGGGCAGGACAACCUGGACUGGAGAAUCAUUCGAAGCAUGCUCGAGCUUUCGUCUCUACCUUCUACUCUUAACCGCAAGAUGGGAAAUCUUGAAGACGGGACUGAAAUUUCUUCGAAUAUAAAGAUUCCCUCAACGGUAUUGGGCAUAUGCGCCUCUAUCCAGACUAACUACACCUAUGUGUAUCACAAGCUGGUGAUCCGCAGUUGGUAUCCAGUGGCGUUGUUAAUAUCGUUGACAGAACAUGAUCUUUCGUCUCUACCUUCUACUCUUAACCGCAAGAUGGGAAAUCUUGAAGACGGGACUGAAAUUUCUUCGAAUAUAAAGAUUCCCUCAACGGUAUUGGGCAUAUGCGCCUCUAUCCAGACUAACUACACCUAUGUGUAUCACAAGCUGGUGAUCCGCAGUUGGUAUCCAGUGGCGUCGUUAAUAUCGUUGACAGAACAUGAUGUUUGA